UUCAACCAAAACAGUUCGCCGUCAAACUGGGUGCCAAAACGGUGGAGCGUUUUCUGAACCUAGCCGACGACAGCUUCGUCGAGGAUGUCAACGAAGACCUAAAAUGCUUCCUUGCCGAAAAAAAAGUUGACAGUGUGCUGGUGUUUCCACCAGUGAGCAACUACCGGCGCUUCCUGAUCCACCGCUGCGUGGAGGAGCUGGGCCGGGCAGACCUCUCCACCUUCUCCAUCGGCCUCAGCGACGAGCGGCGCACUGUGGUGUGCUACCGGGACAAACUACUGAGUGAUGAAGCUUGUGCUCGACCAGCCAUGGGCCUGACUCCGCGGAAUGAUGCAGAGCUCUCCGACAACAACGCGGCGGGCGGCUGCAGGGCGGCGCGGGCGCAGGCUCAGGAAAAGCUCCGGGCCGGCGCCGGCGCCAAGCCGCGCCGCCCCGACCGCGCCGUGUACGUGCCGCGGGCGUUGCGCGCGCACGACCACGCCGACGACGCCAGGCCGCCGGAGACCAAGAACCCCGCCGUGGACGCCAAGUGCCCCAAGUCGCCCGCCGCCAAGGACAGGUCGGCGCACGGCACCCCCAAGCGCUCGCUCGACAAGCAGUUCUGCAACGUGUACACGCCGCCGCACCUGAGGCACCCGCCCAGCGCGCCCGACGACGACAAACCUGUGCCUUCCGUGCCAAAUAGUGAUAGUGCAAUAUCGUUUAGUGAUACUAGUUGUAACGAAGUAGACGUAGCCGACAAUUUUUAUAUAGGAGAUUAUUUCGCGAACGGACAGUUAGGGUUCUACCGGCCGAGCUUUUUCGAGUACGAGAACAGUUGGAGCUCCCAUGACUGCAGCGACAUGGCCGUGCGCGCGUCCAGCGAUAACGUUAACAUAGGUAGUAUUAUAGAUAGCGACUAUUUGUACAGUAAGGACGAGGAUGUGGAAGCCAACGAGUUGAAGCGAGCGUCCCAAGAAAUCAAUAGAAGUAGCAAACGAAUCAUAAAGCAGAGUUUCGACUCUGACGUUUUAGUCAUAUCCGAUCCGAUCGAAGAGGCGCCCAGUCUCAGGAGGCCGAGCCACGCCGACAACGGUGUCGUAGAGGCUGAGAGUCCCAAACCGAAAUUACAAGCGAAAGUGUCAUUGAAACGCGAGGAGAAUGACUGGGAUGCAGUUUUCGACGACAGCGGGGAGUGUCUGGACCCGUCCCUGCUCGAGGAGCUGACGUCGACGGUGGGCAAGGUGCACAUCACCAAGACCAAGAACAACUACGAGCAGUACCAGACGCGCGGGCAGGCGCUGUUCAACGCGCCGUUCGACGAGACGUUCGCGCACGUGGUGGAGGUGUACGACUUCCCCAGCGAGUUCAAGACGAACGACCUGCUGGCGCUGUUCAGCGAGUACAAGGAGACGGGCUUCGAGAUCAAGUGGGUGGACGACACGCAUGCGCUCAUCGUCUUCAGCAGCGCUAAAAUUGCUGCGGAGGCGCUGUCGGCGCCGCGCUCGCUGGGGCGCGUGCGGCCGCUGCACGCCGCCACGCUCGAGUCGCGCAACAAGGCCAAGAAGUGCGCCGAGUUCCUGCAGCCCUACAGGCAGCGGCCGGAGACGUGCACGGCGCUGGCGCGGCGCCUGGUGUCGGGCGCGCUCGGCGUGCGGCUCAGCACGGCGCAGCAGGAGCGCGCCGAGGAGCGGAGACUCAUCACGAGGGCCAGAGAGAAGAAGCGGCAAGCGGCGCUGCACAAGGAGGCGGCGUGGGACGGCUCGCUCGCCAACACCUCGCUCGACGCCUGACAGAAGCCGCGCCUCGCGCCUCGCCGCGCCUCGCGAGGCGGCCCUCACACACAUGCAAUUUACUACGUUAAGAAGCUCUCAAAUAGAUAUAUAUAAUAUAAUUUUACAUUUUAACUAAAUAAAUUAUACAAAUAGCUAUUUUUAAAAGAAAAUAUCUAGUUGAAUGGAACGCGUAGGAGGCUUUGGACCUUAUUUUGUACGUGCUAAGGUUUAAAGUUUAUGUAUGUAUUAUGUAAAGUUAUCAUUACAUGUUUUAAAUUCGAAAUCUGGAGAAUAUUAUUUAAUUGUUACUAGCAAAAGAAAUAAAGUGGUUACUUAAUUCUAAUGUAUACAAUCUAACUAAAUUGACAUGUUGAAAUCUAGUGCUAUCUUUUUCCGUGAGCAGCAAAAUGAAAGGGAUAGCAAUACAGGGUUAGCAAGGGUCAUAAUAAUUUAAGACCUGUCAUUUUAGUUUAAAAAUAAUAAAUAUAUUGCUAUCCCAUUCAUAAUUAUGAAAGAGAUAGCAACAUGUGUAUAGAAUUGUAAUUAUUUAGUUAGUAACAUAGUUUUAGAAAAUGUGUACAAUAGAAUUGACCAGCUGUUACUUCAGAUAUUGACGACUUCAUUAUUGCAUUUUGGAUGAACUGGCAAUAUAUUCUAUUUAAGACAUUUUCAUACAUUUUUAUUGAGUUUUACCGCCAUAUUGGAUUGACAGUGAUGUCACAAACGCAGUUGUGUUACACUGAAGCAUUGCUAAGAAAUUCAUAAUAAAAUUGGUCAGAAAUAAUAUUAUUACUAUACAUUAAAAUGUAUUAUUAAAAAGGUGAUUCAAACUACUUUUAAGUUUUAUGUAAUUUAGAAAUUGAUUGGAAGUUCCGUAGUCAUUUUAGCGAAUCAUAGACUUACUCUGACUAAAUGUGAUACUCAUAUACAUUUUUUAACUUAUUUUUUUCUUAAAAAUUUUAUCGCAAAAAUGAAAAUUACAUAAUAUAAUUAAAAAAGUUGGACAAAAAAUGGCGUGAGAAUAUAUUAUGAGUUUGCGUAACGUGCGUCUAUCAUUAAGUUUUUGUGUAAAAUAACGAUUUCACGCAAAAACUUGAUAUGUUGGUUAUAAUUAAGUAGCUAAUGUUUUUGUAAAUAAUCUCCAACCGAUAGCUUUACUCUUUAUAUAGAGAGUGUUAUGUUUGAAAAAUUAUAUAACUUUUUAAAAAUUUAAGUAGAUACGUUUUUUUUUAUUUAAAAUUGUACAGAAUUUCAAAAAAGAACAGUUAGAUAAUACACUAAUGAAAUUACCAUGUUUUCGAUUUUUUUAUUGGUUUUUUUUUAACCGAAACCGAAAAUGUAAUAAAACUUAAAGCUAGCCUUCUGGAAAAAUUAAAAAUAAUAGGUAUUUUAAAAUCACAGUUAUAGUACGCGACAGUUGGAGAGGGCAACCGGGGUUGAGGCAGGGCACGCUCCGCUCCCCGCCUUAUCCCGCACCGAGUUAUCGCAGGGGCUGUGCGGGUGUGCGGGGCGUUCCCACCCCGACCUGUCGCGUACUAUAGGUUACCUUAACCACUUUUCCGUUUAAGUGACCAUUUAGAAUUUUCGUGGUUUCAAAGUUUUGAUUUUAUUGAAUGUUUUAUUGUUUCGAUGCAUUAUAAUUGUUAUUGUACUAGUAUUGUAAUACCAAAUAUUAGUAAGGCGUAAUGUAUCGCAGGUUAUCGCUCACCGUGCUCCGUUGUGAGGCGUGCCUUCGUGUCUAGUCGAUAGGUAGCGGGUCCCACGCCUCUUGCCGUUCCAGCGCCGUUUGCGCCCGCCAGGAAAGAUUCCACAUCGACCUUUAGAAAGAGAUUUGGUAGAGCGUUGUCUCUGUCGGUUCACCUUUAAAACAAGGACUAAAAUCGUACGUUUGACAUGACAGUUGACACAAAGUUAAAAUGGCGUGCGAGUUCUCAUUUUGUACGUAUUUAUACGUAUUGUAACAGAGACGACGCUCUACGGAGCCGAUAUCUCUUUGUAAAGUUCGAUAUGCAAUCUAUGCUGCCGGGUACUUUUAAUUCUAGUAUAGGGCCUAACAUUAAAACUGCGAUGCGAAUUCGCAUUGAAAAUCACACCGUUAAGGGUCUCGUUGCCUACGUAACCGUUCAUUCGACGACCGUAAAGCGUAAACAUAUUUUUUGAUAUCCGUUAGAACACGUUCACGCUAGAUCUAUUACUCGUAGACAGUUCGUUACGUAUUAUUUAAAAGUAUAUCAUAGAAAAAAGCAACAGUAGUUACUAAUGACCCCGUAGCUCGAUUGCGGUAGAGUGAUUGCUACAAUUUGACGAUCGCAACCACCUCUGAUUGGUUGUCGCUCGCUCACUGUUGGCUACAAUGCACCGUUACAACAAGAAAAGCAUAAAUCCAGUCAAAAACAACAAUUGCGAUUGUAAUCAUGAUUAAUGAAGGUUUUUCGGAAUGGUCCUACUGAACUUGUCGCUCGUACGCGAUGUCGCAGUUUUGAAAGUUGGCCCCUAAUGUUAAGGUAUCACGGUUUGAUAUUGUGUCGUUUUGAUAUCUUCACGAUGAAAGCGACUUGUCUCAAAAUUAACAAAUUCGAGCCGAAUAAUUUUGCCAAUCUCGAUUCUCGAUAGAUUCAUUGGCUAAGAAAUAGAAUUAUUUAUGCUGUAAGUAAUAAGUAUUAACGUUUUAAGGUAAAAUUGUGCAUGAAAAUAAAAUAAAAUUAAGUCACUUUUGUUUUGAAGAUGUUGUCCAUAAUGUCGACCAAAAUGAAAUUAUUUUAAUGAUCUUUAAAAAUGGGCAUGUUUCUGUGAUUAUGCUAGAAGGAUGUGUUGAAUAAUGAUUGUUGUCUUUGUCUCUCGAUACUACUGCAAUCAAGCGACUUGAAAUGUUCUCAAGCUGAUCAAAAUGAAAUAUUAUUAAAAACAUUUUCGCAUUGUAGGUCAAACCUCUGUGCUUUUUGCAAUGCGUGCUACCUGAUUUUGAAUUGUUUCUGUAGGUAUAUUAAUAAUAAAUUAAAAAAAAAAAAAACCAAGUGAUACAAGGACACCUUCAGAAAACUAAACUUUGAGAGAAUGAUGCAAAUACAGGUAUCAAGAAUAGAAAAAUUGUGGGAUUUAUUCAUUAUAAUGUUGUUACCAAGUUAAAAAAUCAUUAUAUAUUUUAUACAAUGUUCCAUCACAUAUUGCACGGGACUCCCAAGUUUUCAAUUUCAACAAAAUGACACGAGAGACUUAUGGUAACUAAAGUAUUAAAUUAUACAAAAUACUGUAUAAUAAUGUAUUCUACCUCAUUCUCUCGCGGGUUAAAUCCUAUAAUAGAUGUAUUUGUCUCUUUUUAGUAUCGGUCUUUGGUUUAUUAGGUUUCAAAUCACAACGUUACUAAAGAAGUUUUGCUGAAAUUACAUAAUUUCAUUCCGAGAUUUGACAUAUUUGUUGAAAUAUUUCAGUUUUACAGAAGUAUACAUUUGUGUACUUCUGUAAAACUGAAAUGCCUGUAUGAAACAGUAAGCCUUAACUAAUGUAGUUAUCAUGUAACUAAUGCGGCGAAUCCAAUCUAUAUAAUGUUGUGUGUUCCGUUGUUGAGCAUUUACUGUAUUUCAACAUAUUCCAUUCCAGUACAAAUCACGUCACGAAAGUUGGAAGUAAGAUAAGCCUUAAUCUAUGUGGCCUUGAAACAACACACCCUGGAAAGUUCCUCAUUUUACAUGAUGCUACGACAUCAAUU